GGUAGAGAAUUUUGUUCUCACUUCUUUUUAUUUUCAAUUCUUUUCACUUGUUCAACAUUAUCUCUUGGAUUCGCCAUCAAAACACAUAAACAUAAACACCCACCCUCUUGUAAUCAUUUAAUUUGACCAGUGAAAACAAUUCUUUGCCUCUCCCUUCAUAGUAAAUGUAUAUGAGUGUAACAAUUAAAGAACAGUUUAAAUGACCAAAAAUCUUUGGUCAAACAAUAAUCACUAAGCCUGAAAGAGAGAGAGAGAGAAAGAAAAAACCAGAGGGAAACACAAAAAUCUCUCAACAUCAAUUGUCACUUAUUCUAUUAAAUUGAAUUAAUAUUCUAGUUUUAAUUGAUCCAUUGAUUAGUUUGUUAAAAAGAAAACCUCAAUCUGUGUUUUCUUGUUAAAAUCUUGUGAAUAAUCUCAUGUGUGUGAUAUAUCAAAAUUUUCUGUGCAUUUCAAUCGUUAACUUUUUGCCUUUAACUGGAUUAAAUUAGGAUUUAUUCCAAUCAAGGACUAAUUUCCAUUGUCUGUCUAAAAAUUAGGCUUUUAAAUCCCCUCCCUAGUGUUAAACUUUCUGCAAAAAGAAAACAACAAAGUACAAAAACAAUGGAAACCGAUGGAUCAACAAUCCGAGAAAUUGAGGUGAUCAAUAUAACCCGAGAGGGUCACCCGGCAGCCGAUCCAAGCCAAUUCGCCCUGUUAAAGGUUCUUGGUGAAGGUUCAUUUGGUAAAGUGUAUUUGGUGAAGAAAACAAUUGGCCCUGAUGCCGGAACCUUAUACGCAAUGAAAGUCCUUAGAAAAGCAACUUUAAAAGUUCGUGACCGAGAACGAAGUAAAAUGGAACGAGAUAUUUUAGCCGAGGUUAAUCACCCAUUCAUAGUGAAACUUAAUUACGCCUUUCAAACUGAAGGAAAACUUUAUUUAGUUCUAGAUUAUCUGCAUGGAGGUGAUCUGUUCACAAGGUUAAAUCGUGAGGUUAUGUUCACAGAGGAAGAUGUCAAAUUUUACCUUGCAGAACUUGUCCUUGCUUUGGAUCAUCUUCAUUCACUUGGAAUAAUUUACCGAGACCUUAAACCUGAAAAUAUUCUCUUGGACUCUGAAGGUCACAUUAAACUAACCGAUUUUGGCCUAAGUAAGGAAUCUCUUGCUGAGGUUAAAACAUAUUCCUUUUGUGGUACAGUUGAAUAUAUGGCACCGGAAAUAAUUAACCGAAAAGGUCACACAACGGCUGUUGAUUGGUGGUCAUUUGGUGUUCUUAUGUUUGAAAUGUUAACCGGAGUGUUACCCUUCCGGGGUGGGUCAAGAAAGGAAACAAUGCACCAAAUUCUCAAAGCACGGAUUGCGAUGCCACAAUAUUUAAGUGCACAAGCUCAGUGUCUAUUGCGAUCUUUAUUCAAACGUAAUCCUGCCAAUCGAUUAGGUUCUGGUCCAAAUGGUGGUAGGGAUAUUAUGGAUCAUGCAUUUUUCGAGCCAAUUGAAUUCGACAAGUUAACUGCAAAGGAGAUAACACCACCAUACAUUCCCACCGUUGCUCGUGACGAUGAUCUAUUUCAUUUUGAUCACGAUUUAGUACAUAGAAUACAAGCAGACUCUCCUGGAGUACCUCCUAGUGCCAAUGCCCAUGAACUUUUCAAAGGAUUCAGCUUUAUUGCUCCAAGUCUAGUUAAUAACCAUGAAACCGAUAUGGAAAUUGAUAAGAUGGUAAAUGAAGCUUCCAUAAACCUUACCCUGCAUCUCAAGCAAACCGGAAUCAUAUCUAAAUGCAUGGGUAGAUCUCUAGUUGAAUAUGAAUUUUGCAAAGAAUUGGGAAAAGGUUCUUUCUCUUAUUGUAAAAUGUGUAUUCACAAAGAGACUAAGGUUAAAUACGCUGUCAAGAUCAUUGAUAGACAGAAAUUUGAUUGCUCCGAGGAGGUUGAAAUACUUUUGCGAUUUGGUAAACAUCCUAAUAUAGUCACUCUUCAUGAUGUUUAUGAGGAUAGUAAAUGUGUUUACUUAUUCAUGGAUUUCCUUGAGGGUGGUGAACUAUUGGACCGUAUACUUUCAAAAAGAAGUUUCAACGAAAAAGAAGCCAGUGAAGUUCUUGAAGUUAUUGCGGCAACUAUCAAAUAUCUUCACGAAAAUGGGGUUGUCCAUCGCGAUCUUAAACCAUCCAACAUAAUGUACGCCGAUAUUUCGGCUUGCCCACAAUCAAUAAGAAUCUGUGAUUUUGGUUUCGCCAAACAAAUGAGAGCGGGAAAUGGCCUUCUCAUGACUCCCUGUUACACCGCCAACUUUGUCGCACCCGAGGUGCUAAAGAAACAAGGUUAUGAUGAAGCUUGUGAUAUAUGGAGUAUGGGUGUAUUAUUAUAUACAAUGCUCGCUGGUCACACUCCUUUCGCCAAUGGUCCAGAAGAUACUCCGAAUUCAAUAUUGGGUAAAGUUGGUAAAGGUGAAUUUGACCUUAAAUCAGGUAAUUGGAGGAGAGUCUCGGAAACAGCCAAGGAUUUGGUCAGUAAAAUGUUACUAGUUGACCCAAAGAUACGUUAUCGAGCCAAGAAUGUACUAAAUCAUGAUUUCAUCCACCAACGUGAUCAAUUAUCAAAUGAAAGUUUAUCUCAUCAAGAGCCAAGUUUAAUCAAAGCCAAUAUGGGUCGAGUAUUUGAAGCUGUAAAUGUCCCACCGCCGAUUAAUCUUGAGCCUGUAAAUCAGUCUAAAUUAGCGAAAAGACGAGCUGAAAGAAAAUCAAAUCGUUCCCCUGAAACGUAAUCCAAUAUAAAGCCAAAAAUAAUAGUUCACAAGAGAAAGAAAAACAAACAAAAAACUUAAUAUUAUAUUUUCCUUUUCUGAUGAAUUUCAUGAUGAUAACACCGAGAACAUCAGCCCGAUGAAUUAAUAUAUAUUUCUUAAAGUAUUCAAACAUUUCUGGUGAUAAUAAUGAUGAUAAAGGUAAAGAGGAGGAGAUGAUGAUCAACUCGAAUCAAAAUGAUAAUGUCAACAAGCAAUCCUACAAACCGGAAUGAUUGAUUUUCUGCUUAUCAAGAUAGAGGGAAAAAGUCAAAGAGAUUGGAAAAUAUCAAUCUUAUCAAUAGUAAAGACAAGUUCAAGAUGAUUGAGAUGAUCAGGAUGAUAAGGAUGAUGAUGAAACACCAAAUUUAAGGAAAGAGGAUCUUGGAUAAACCCUUGCCGAUGAUAUUGAGAAAUAGCAAAACGCAAUUUGAUUGAGAAGCUUAAAAAUCAAUGGGAUUGAUUGGAGAAAAGGUUAAUUGUUAUCAUCAUCAUCAUUACCUGUUUAAUUAUCACAAAUCUUACUCUCUCUCUCCCUGUUCAAAAAAAAUGGAUCUCAAUUAACUAUUACAUUUACGAUUGGCCUUCUUACUAAAUGAUUAACAACUAUAAAUAAUUAUAUAUCAAUAAUAUAUUUAAAUUUAUAAAUAUUGUAAAUUAAUAAUAACCCAGUUGAAUUGCCGUCACAAUCAAAGCCAUGCGAUGAUGAUUAUGCCAAAUGCAAAUUUAAAAAAGAGCCACAAAGAUAAUUAUCAUUCAUUAUGAUUGAUAAUUAUUAUUAAUUACAAAUCAUUAAGAACUAAUUUACUUAAAUUUGAACUUCAUCUGAUUCUCAGCUGAUUUUUGAUCUUGAAAAAAAAAUCAAGUCAACGGAUUGAUCUUCAUCUUCAUCAUCUUCAUUGAUUGUUUUUACUUUUUGUAUCUCAUCAUCUCCCUUUACGCAUCAUUAUCAUCAUCAUCAUCAUCAGCAUCUUCCUGUGUUCAAAAUCAAUAGACUGGUGAUGAUAAAAAUCCACUUGUUUUUACAUCUUCCAAGAAGAUAACUCACUAAAUUAGCAUAAUUACAUUUCUCCAACCACCAAGUAUGAAUACUUUUAAAGAUGAAGCUAACAAUCAAUUGUCAACAAUUAACUAUUAUUUGAUUGUAAUUCUAAUUAACUCUAAUUCAGCACCAAGGAAACGAUCAGCAUCUCAUCAUCAUCGAGAAAAAAAAACCUUAAUCAUUUUCAUUAAUCUCUUAAACUAUUAUAUUGCCAUCGAAACAAUUUAAACUAAAUCAUUGUAAUUAUCUUCCAUUGAUUGUCAUUAAUCAUCUCACCUUCAUAACCCAAGGAAAAGAUCAAGAUGAACAUACACAAAAGUCCAACAAUUAACUUUGAUUCGUUCCCCGUUUAUAUAUAAUAAUUAUCAUUAUUUAUCUUUAA